GGGGGGGGGUGUUCGGGUGGAGUCAGAUAAAGAGUAACAGCAGACGUCAGUCAGUGUCUCUGUUGGUUUUGACACUCAGCCAUGUCUCACGCAUGGGGAUACGGAGCGGCUAACGGUCCACACAAAUGGGCAGAAGAUUUUCCAGUAGCUAAUGGAUCUAGACAGUCUCCCAUCAACAUUGUCACCAGUGACACCCUCUAUGACCCCACUCUGAAGCCUGUGAAAUUGACCUUUGACCCCUCCACUUGCACUGGUAUUUUAAACAAUGGACACUCAAUCCAGGUGGAUUUUGAAGAUGACACAAGCUCUUCCACUCUGACAGGAGGUCCUGUUUCUGGAACCUACCAGCUCAGGCAGUUUCACUUCCACUGGGGAGCCGCUGACGAGAGAGGCUCUGAGCACACCAUCAACAACUUCUCUUUCCCUUGUGAGCUUCACCUGGUACAUUGGAACAACAAGUACCCCAGCUUUGGGGAGGCAGUUACCAAACCUGAUGGACUGGCUGUUCUUGGGGUCUUUCUUAAGAUUGGACCAGCCAAUCCCAGGCUGCAGAAACUACUGGAUCUCCUCGAUGCAGUUAAGACAAAGGGAAAGCAGACUGACCUUUCUUUCUUUGACCCAAAAACUCUUCUUCCUAAUUCUCAACAUUUCUGGACCUAUGAUGGCUCUUUGACCACACCUCCCCUGCUGGAGAGUGUCACCUGGAUCAUCCUGAAGGAACCAAUAAGUGUCAGUCCUGCCCAGAUGAGGAAGUUUCGCAGUCUUCUCUUCAGCGGUGAAGGGGAAGCUCCUCUCUGCAUGGUCGACAACUAUCGGCCUCCUCAGCCUCUGAAGGGCCGUAAGGUGCGCGCUACCUUCAAAUAAAAUCUGCACCUUUACCUCCAUGGCCACGUCAAAUACAUAUUGGCUGUACACUGAACAAAACUGAAAUGCAAUUUGUUGAGAAAAAUUAUUUGCAAAUAAGUGUCCACAUAAAUAAUUUGUUUCUCAAGUAUAAAUUCCACUUUUCUCUCCAUUCUG